AUGUCCAAUCGGGAUCCACCUAUAAUCCUUCAUUCCACACCACCUCUCGACCCUUUACCGUCCUCCGACCCAGAAUCUGUAUACCUCGCUUCCUAUCUUCAAUUGGCAUGUCCCGGUAGAUGGGCAAUCAAAACUGGAUGGUGGGGCGAUAAUGGAGGUAAAUUACCACACAUAACACAUCUAAAUCAUCAUAUACGCCAAAAUCAUCUCACUUCUCUACCAUUGAUUGAAGAUCCUGAUCAAUGGCUGAGUAGGCAAGAUAAAGUAGAUGCGGAAUGUUGGAAAGCUUAUAUCGAGCAAAACGUCAUUGAUCUCGUGAAUCACACAUAUUACUCAUUACCUCCUAAUUAUCCUCAAACAAUAGCAAAAUCACAAUUGAAGAAUCUCAAUUUUCCCGAAAAUCAGUAUAUACCUCAGCGGAUUAAGAGUAUACUGAGAUCGAGAUUACAGUACGUUGGAUUAUGGGGACUAGGAGGAUUGAAUGGCGGCGACGCUGUUGACGAAGAUCGAAAGAGAUUAGGCGAAGCUUUCGUAGUUGGACCUGCGGGAACACUAGCUCCUAGAGCAUGGAGCGGUUGGACUGCCGGAAGGGACGCUGAAGAGAGACGAAAGAAAUGGGGCGAACAGGAGCUCGAAAAGAAGAUCAAGUCUGUUUUCGAUCCAAUAGUAAGGAGGCUCGGUGAUGAACUGUACUUCUUCGGAAAUAGACCAACUACACUGGAUUUACUUCUCUUUGCACGAUUAACUUCCAUCCUCACUCCCACUUUACCUAACCCUUUAUUCCCUAACCUCAUCCGAUCAGAUUAUCCUACACUAGUAUUCCACCACGAUAGGAUACUCUCGCUCCUAUUCCAAAACCAAACCUGGAGCUCGAUUCCCCGACUGACAACGCCUACAUCAACAACGCAGAAAACAUACGUUGAAUCAUUCAAAUCCCUAUUCUUCGAUUCUCCCGAACAAGCCGAAGAGAGUGGUAACAAGGAAGAUGAAAAGAAGAAGAGCGAACAGGAAAAGAAGUUUCAAAGAGGCAGAUGGUUAUGGUUUGCUGGGGCGAGUAUGGCUAUGAUUGGGUAUCUUUUGGGUAGUGGAAUAGUCAGUUUUGAAUUUGCCUCGGAAGAUGAGGAGGGGCAAGAGGAAGAGCAGGUGAUAUUCGAUGAUGAGGAUGAAGAGUGA